AGGGCGGGGAGGGGCGUGGCUUCGCCGCGGGCGGAAAAAUGGGAGUGAACCGAGCGCGGGCCGGCGCCCAGGAUGGCCGGGAUGGAAGCCAGGGGCCGCCUGUGGCUGGAGAGCCCCGCUGGGGGAGUGCCCCCCAUCUUCCUGCCCGCGGGCGGGCAAGCCCUGGUCCUGGGCCGGGGCCCCCUGACCCAAGUUACCGACCGGAAGUGCUCCAGAAACCAAGUGGAGCUGGUCGCAGACCCCGAGACGCGGACUGUGGCUGUGAAACAGCUGGGAGUUAAUCCCUCAACUGCAGGGACCCAGGAGCUGAAGCUGGGGUCAGAGGGCUCUCUGGGCGUGGGGGACACGCUGUAUCUGGUCAACGGCCUCUACCCGCUGACCCUGCGCUGGGAAGAGGCCCGCGUGCCAGAAUCCCAGCCAGACACUCCACCCGGCACCCCUCCGGUGGCCCCAACCGAGGAGGAGGAGGAGGAGGAGAAGGAGGGAGAGGAAGAGGAUGUUGCACAGCGGAAAAAGCGAAUGCGGAAGUCAUCCCCUGGCUGGGAGAGCUUCGAGAAGCUGCUAGUGUUCACCGCACCUGGGGUGAAGGCCCGGAGCAAGGUGGCCGGCUUUGAUCUGGAUGGGACCCUCAUCACCACACGCUCUGGGAAGGUCUUUCCCACCGGCCCCACUGACUGGAGGAUCUUGUACCUAGAGAUUCCACGUAAGCUCCGGGAGCUGGACGCCGACGGCUACAAGCUGGUGAUCUUCACCAACCAGAUGGGCAUCGGGCGUGGGAAGGUGUCCGCAGAGGAGUUCAAGGCCAAGGUGGAGGCUGUGCUGGAAAAGCUGGGCGUCCCCUUUCAGGUGCUGGUGGCCACGCAUGCCGGCCUGUACCGGAAGCCAGUGAUCGGCAUGUGGGACCAUCUGCGGGAGCAGGCCAACGAGGGUGUGCCCAUCUCCAUUGGGGACAGCAUCUGCUCUCCCCCUGCUGGCCGCCCCCCCCAUCUUAACCCCCCUCCCCAUGACCCGCUUGCUCCCUAUGCCCAGGACACCCUGGGGUCAUGGCAGCGCUGUGUGGCCAUGUGUGAGACAGCCCUGAAGCAAGGGAAACGGGUCGUGAUCGACAACACAAACCCGGAUCCCGCCAGCAGGGCCAGGUACCAGGGCUCCUGGAGGGGAGCACCACCCUCUGCCACCAGGAAGCAGUUCAAGGCCCCAACGCUGGCGGAAGGCUUCGCCGAGCUCCUGGAGAUCCCCUUCCGGCUGCAGGUGGAGCCGCAGCGGGAGCGCCUGUACCGCCAGUUCUCCGAGGGCUGAGCCGCUGCCGGCCUGCCCCCCAAUAAAUGCUAGUUUUCUUUCA